AUGGCAAGGAAGAAGGUAGAGGACGAUGAUGGGAUCGAAGAGGAAAGGGUGGAAGGAUAUAUGCCAACCAAGCUCGAGCGACGACUCGGACCACGGCUCACGGCAGGCCAGGCAGAGGACGCGCUUAGGUUGCGGCGGCAGGACGGGCAAAGUAGAACGAGGACGACGACUACCAUUCCUGCAGACUCUAAAUCGCAGGCGUCUGACAAUCGGAGUCGAAUUCCGCGGAGAGCAACAGGCAACCUGCACAAGGGCGUGGACAACAGUGCUGCUGCCAAUGGCGGAGCUCAAACGCCGACGUACGGCGUUGACAUGCUUCGUUCGGCUUUCCAGUGUAAGGGGUGUGUCGGAGCUGUGGUCGGACCAAUCCUGGUCGUCCUGCAAGGAUUGCGAUCUGAGACUCCCAACUCUCCGAGCUCUUCGUGGGGUGUGGAUGCUUGCAUUGGCCAGCACUAG